AUGGAGCAUGUAGAUUCCGAUUUUGCACCUAUAAGGAGAUCGAAAAAGGUUGUUGACAGUGACAAGAUUGUGAAAGCAAUAAGCGAUGAUUUGGAGCAAAAAAAUUUUACUGUACUGAGAAAGUUGAACCUUGUUCCAAUUAAAAAAAGUGUUAGCAGCCCAAAGGUGUGUAAGCCGAGUCCAGUUAAGGAGCGAGUGGACCAUGUUUUCUACCAGAAGUUCAAAUCAAUGGCCUUGCAAGAGCUAGGCACCAAUUAUUUGUCAAUAAGCUACGUUCCGAGCUUAAGUAAGUUUCUUUCAAAAAAUCUUAGGAGUAUGAAAAAUUGUAUCGUUUUCUUCGACAAAGUUGAACAUAUACACCAAUAUGCUGGUAUCGACCGUGCAGUUUCAGAAACACUGUCUUUAGUCGAUAUAAAUGUCGUAAUUAUAGAAAUGAAUGACUACUUAAUGAAAGAGGGUAUUCAAUCAAGCAAAUCAAAAGAAUGUAUCGAGUCAAUGGGGCAGGCUUCAUAUAGCGGACAACUAGAUUUCGAAGCUAGUGAAAAACCUUCAAAUCACACGUCUGACCUAAUGAUGAUGGUUAUGAGGAAAAUAAAUAAUGACGAAAGUAUCGAUCAUAUUGUCUACUUCAAAUUCGAACAAUUAGAUAAAUUAUCUACUUCAACUAUAAUAGAACCUUCGAAGCUUACCGAAUUUAUCAAUGUUUUAUCGGUACUUGAAAAAAGUAAUAACAUUGCAUUUAAGGUCCUCAUUUAUUCAAAUAACGUUAGCAUUUCGUCUCUCCUAUCGACAUCCCUCAAAAAGAAACUCAACACAAAAUAUACUGUGUUUGAGAUGCCGAUAUUAACAUGCGCUCAAGAACAAGAAUAUUUGAAAAAAAUGAUAAAGUUUACCUUUGAUUCCGGAAGCAAGUUAUUACAGUCUUACAACUCGCUUGUCACAUGCCAGUUGAAUAAUAAAGAAUCCAACUUAGCAAUCUUUUUCGAAUUUUUGAAGGUCUUUCCGCACCCUUUUACCUAUUUGUUUAACGCUUACACUGAGAUUAUAGUCCAGAGUAGAACUUUUGAUGAAUUGUUGGAUAAGAUCAGAAACAGACUGACAAUAAAAAAUUACCCACAUAGUGCUUAUAACUUUAAGAAAAACCAGCGUCUUCCACUUAAGUUAACUCGAAAAGUACAUGAUAGAUAA